UUAUAUAUAUUUUUUUCUUCUUCUUUUACAUUGUUGUAUAACUUCAAAAGAUUAUUAUAAAUGUCCAUAAUAAAUCAAGACGACACUAUCAUAAUUCAGCCAACUCAUACUGAAGAUGAAACUCAUAUAGAAAUUUCAGGAGAAAAAAAUAUAAACCAAUUUGAGGAUGUAAGACAGCUUCAAAUUCAAUUACAAAAAUUAUAUAAAAUAUACAUGAUGCAAACAACCUGCUUCAAAACACUACAGUCACAGUUAGAAACAGAGCGUGGACAAAUCAAUCAUUUACGUGAAGAGAAUGAAAUACUAAAGAAAGAAACUAUCAAAAUGUCUGUCAUGAAUGAGCAAGAAGAAGAAUAUAUAUCUAACAAAUUACUCAAACAUAUAGCACAACUAAAAAAGGAAAAAGAACGCUUAUUAAUUCAAGUUGAAGAAGAAGAAGAAAGCCUUACAAACAUGUUGCAAAAAAAAUUAAUGAAGCUUCAAAAAGAAAAAGUAGAUAUGGAGAAUGCCCUGGAACAAGAGCAAGCCAUCAUAGUCAAUCGUCUACAAAAACAGUUGGAUUCAUUCUGUAAGCAACAAGGCCCUAUUCGUAUGUCAGAAGUGACAAGCCCUAUUGGUUCUCCACUUUUAGCGGAAAAGAAUUGGAACACAUCACAUUUACAUCAACAUAUUGAAUCAACUUUUUUAGGAACUACAGAUGCACUAAAAGUGGAGUUAAUGAAUUUGAAAACAAGGACAAUAGAAAUGGAAAAAGAAUAUCUUCAAAAAUAUGAACAAUGUAAUAAAUAUAGAAAUGAGUUGAUUCAAUUUAGAAAAAAGUACAGUUUAUUAGUCACUGAUCUGGAAGAUGGGUAAAUAAAUAGAUAAAAAAAAAUGUGUGUGUGGUGUUGACAUCAACUUAUUAUUAUCAUUACUACUACUUUGAUAGUCGUGUAGCAGCCUUACCACGCGUAUUUAAAUCAUCUUCAUUCCGAAGUGAAAAACAGGUAUGACAUGUAUUUGUACAGCCCUUAAUAAAACUACAUAAUAUUUAACAUAUUAGGACCGUCAAGCUGUGUCAGCUUCUUCAUCACAACAAUCAAUAGAAAUGAUGGUUUCUUUAGAACAAUCAGAUUUAAUCAAAACUCCAUAGUAAAAAAGGAAAAUGCUCAUUCCUCAUCUUCAUUAUUAUUGAACUAGUUGAAAUAAAUAAAUAAAUAAAUUAUGCAGUCA